AUGGUUAAUUAUCUCAGUCGUUAUGUCUCUGACAAUUUAUCAGAGAUUACCGCUCCUAUGAGAGAGUUAUUGCAUAAGGACACUAUAUUCACGUGGCAAAAGCCUCAAAAUGAGUCCUUUGAAAAAAUGAAAGAAGUCAUUUGUAAGGACACAUGUUUAGCUUAUUAUGACCCAAACAAAUCCUUGACAUUGCAAGUUGAUUCUUCUUCCAAAUCUUUAGGGGCAGUAAUCCUUCAGGAAAAACGUCCCAUAGCAUUUGCAUCCCGUAGCUUAACUGAAUCACAGAGAAAUAUGGGUCAAAUUUCUAAAGAAUUAUUAUCUAUUGUCUUUGGAUUUACGAAAUUUCAUCAGUACUGCUAUGGCCGUGAUGUCAUUGUAGAAAAUGACCAUCUCCCUAUACAGGGAUUGCUGAAAAAGCCUAUGCAUUCAAUACCUGCUAGGUUGCAGCGUUUAGUCCUGAAAUUAACUCCAUAUAGGUUUCAGUUUCGUCACAUGUCCGGUAAGAAAAUCCCAUUAGCAGAUGGACUUAGCAGAAACGCCAGUCCGGAUACAAGCCCAGAACUUAAUGAGGGUAUUGAGGCACACGUUUGCAUGGUUAUCUCAUCUUUACCCGUGUCAGAUAGAAAACUUGAGGAAAUCAAGUUACACACAAAACAAGAUGAACAAUUAUGUACAUUACAACAAACAAUAAAGUUUGGUUGGCCUAAGUACAAAAAGGCUUGUCAUCAGUUAAUUGCCGCCUUUUGGAACUAUAGGGAUGAGUUAUCUGAGGUUAAUGGUUUAAUAAUGAAAGGGGAAAAAAUCGUUAUGCCCAGGUCACUCAGAUCUGAAAUGUUAAAGGUGCUGCAUUCCAGUCAUCUGGGUGCGCAAAAAUGCCUAAGUAGAGCAAGGUCAAUAAUGUUUUGGCCGGGAAUUUCAAAUGAUAUAAUUGAAUUGGUAAAUCAAUGUCAGAUUUGUCUGGAAUACAGGUCAUCGCAACAGAAGGAGCCAUUAAUCAGCUCUGAAAUCCCAGACUAUCCGUUUCAAAUUGCAGGGUGUGACUUGUUCUCACUUAAUGAGAAAAAUUUCAUGGUCAUGUCCGAUUACUAUUCUAGGUAUCCCAUAGUUCAUGAACUUUCGAACAUAAAAAGUUCAACUGUUAUUUCCCACAUGAAAGAUAUCAUGUCACAUUGGGGCAUUUGUGAGAAAAUAGUCACUGAUGGGGGUCCAUGUUUUUUCUAG